AUGAUUAGGAAGGGGUGUAUCUACCAUCUGGUCCGGGUGACGGACACCACUUCAGAAGUGUCUGUCCCUAAGUCUGUGCCAGUCGUGAAUGAGUUUCUUGAAGUGUUUCCGGACAAGCUUCCAGGGAUCCCGCCAGAUAGGGAGAUUGAUUUCGGGAUUGAUGUAUUGCCAGAUACGCGAUCGAUAUCUAUUCCACCAUACAGAAUGGCGCCAACGGAGUUUAGGGAGUUAAAGGAACAGCUGAAGGAUUUAUUACAAAAGGGGUUCAUACGACCAAGUGUGUCAUCGUGGGGUGCCCCGGUUCUUUUUGUCAGAAAGAAGGAUGGCCGGGAGGAUCAUGCCGAUCACCUCAGGGCAGUUAUGCAGACCCUUUAUCAGCACCAGUUGUAUGCUAAAUUUUCAAAAUGUGAAUUUUGGUUGGAGUCCGUUACCUUUCUGGGCCAUGUUGAUUCCAGUGAAGGGAUUCAGGCGGAUCCCCAGAAGAUUGUAGUAGUAAAAGAUUGGCCUAGACCCACGACCCCGAUGGAGAUCCGUAGCUUCUUGGGUUUAGCAGGGUAUUAUCGAAGGUUUGUGGAGGGGUUCUCUACCCUCGCCUCCCCUUUGACUAAGUUGACGCAGAAACCAGUUAAGUUCAAAUGGUCCAAUGUUUGUGAGAAAAGUUUUCGGGAAUUGAAGUCGAGAUUGACCUCGACGACGAUAUUGACCUUGCCGGAAGGCACGGAAGGAUUUGUGGUUUAUUGUGAUGCCUCCAAGAAGGAGUUGAAUUUAAGGCAGCGGUGGUGGUUAGAAUUUAUCAAGGAUUAUGAUAUGGAUAUUUUAUACCACCCAAGGAAGGCAAAUGUGGUGGCCGACGCUCUUAGUCGGAAGUCCAUGGGUAGUUUGGCUCAUUUGGGAGCGGAUCAGAGGCCUUUGACUCGGGAGGUUUAUCAAUUGGCCAGUAUGGGGGUUCGUAUUUCGACCUCAGACGAGGGGAAGGUUAUGGUGCAUAAUGGAGCAGAAUCGUCACUGGUAGCGGAAGUCAAGGAAAACCAGCUCAUUGAUCCAGCAUUAGCACAGAUGAAGGAGGCAGUUUUGAGUAACAAGACUUCGACAUUUUCACUCGGUGGUUACGAUGGUGUAUUACGAUGUCAAGGUAGGCUAUGUGUUCCAGAUGUGGAUAAUCUUCGGGGGAGGGUAAUGGCGGAGGCUCAUAAUUCCAG